CCGUCACGGCCUUUAUAAGCACACUGUACUCUGUUAGAAGUCCUCCUCGUCGUCUUCUCUCUAGUCGAUUGAUUUGCUAAGAAGACCUCAAGUCGCGCGUAAUUCUCUUCGAAGCUCAACAAAGCCAAGGGAUCGAUGGCGUGGGGGAAAGUGUUACUGGUACUACUUGCACUUGCUACUACUCGGGGAUCUCCUUGGUGUUUCUCCGAGGCUUCGAACGGACCACAACAGAUCAAAACGACGCCAAUUGAAAAACGAACUUUUACACUCCCAUCCAACUGUCAAACAAGCUGUGGCGAUAUCAGCAUCCAAUACCCUUUCGGCAUCGGCGAUGGUUGCUACCUUCCCGGCUUCGGCCUUACCUGCUUCGAGCAAUACGAUAGCAGUGUGCCAACCCAGCUCUUCAUGGGUGGUGAUGGCACACUCGAGGUUACUGGUAUAAAUUUAUAUUCAGGGUACGUGUACUUCAAAUUGCCGGUUAUCUCAAUGGCCGUCGACCAGCCUUUCAUCACCGUCCCACUGAUCGAUCUGCAAAAUUAUCACAACUUCAACUUUUGGGCGACAAACAACGUUCUGUUUGUUUCUGGUUGCAAUGUUCAUGCUAGUCUAGUCGAUCUCGCCAAGGAUAACACAAUGAUAUCUAAUUGCUCUACCAUUUGUUUGGACGUCGGUCCAGAUUCGUCGCCCAUCCGGCGUGAAGAGUGUAGCGUUCCGAUUAGGACUGGAAUUCGAGACCGUGUCUUCCUAGGAGUUCGUUUGACUCGACUUGACCAGACUAAUGCCACUGCAGUCAGCGCCUACGUGAGUUCCUCGAUCGGCAAUUCGGAUUUUAAACUGUCUUGGUACAUGGACGAUCACUCUUCAUGUAGAGAGGCCAUGAGCGAUAUGGAGACCUAUGCUUGCAUAAGCAACAACAGCGGUUGCUACAGUGCUUUUUCUGGCGAGAUCAGGGAUGUCACCGUCGGAUAUUAUUGUAGUUGUUCUGGUGGAAAUAAAGGCAAUCCCUACCUAACCGAUGGCUGCCAAGGUUUAACAACAGCGAAUAUAUAUCCAGCUAAAAAUUGUACAAGAAAAUGCGCAACUGUGGAUAUACCAUUUCCUUUUGGACUUGAUACUGAAUCGGAUUGCUACAGAGACUCAUCAUUUGCACUAGUUUGCAACCAAACAGCGACCCCUCCCGUUCUCCAAUAUCAGGGCAAAAAUGUGAGCGAGGUAGACGUGGAAAGUGGAGAACUGCACCUCAUGGAAGUGAGAAAAUCUUCACAAGGCCUUACUCUCGCUGAAAGACAUUCCGUACACGGUUGGUCGAUCCCCUAUCAUUCCUGCGAGGAUGCUAAAAUGAAUAAGUCGCUCUUCGCAUGCGUGAGCAACCACACAACAUGCCUCAACAUAAACGGCAGCAAAGGAGAUCAAUUGGGAUAUCGUUGCAAGUGCGAGCAAGGUUAUGCAGGAAACCCGUACGUACUGAAUGGAUGCAAAGACGUUACAACUCCCAAGAUAUAUCCAGCCGGCGAUUGUGCAAGGAAAUGCGGAAGUGUCGAUAUACCAUUUCCUUUUGGACUCGAUAAUGAAUCGGAUUGCUACAGAGACUCAUUAUUUGCACUAUUUUGCAACCAAACGACGACCCCUCCCGUUCUCCUGUAUCAGGGCAUAAAUGUGAGCGAGGUAGGCGUGGAAAGGGGUGAACUGAGUCUCAUAGAAAUGAGAAAUUCUUCACAAGGCUUCACUCUCAUUGAAGGGCAUUACAGCUGGUUGAUCCCCAAUCAUUCCUGCGAGGAUGCUAAAAGGAAUAAGUCGAUCUUAGCAUGCGUGAGCGAGCGCAGCACAUGCUACACCGUAAACGGCGGCAAUGGAGGUCAAUUGCAAUUGGGAUAUCGUUGCCAGUGCGAGCAAGGUUAUGCAGGAAACCCGUACGUACAGAAUGGCUGCCAAGAUAUCAAUGAGUGCAGCAAUUCAACUAAAUAUACUUGCAAGGGGAUUUGUGCCAAUACAGAGGGCAGUUACAAUUGCACGUGUGAACCAGGAACCUUUGGUGAUCCAAAGAUCGGAGAGUGCAUCCCUCGUACUAAGAAGAGAACUCUUAUGUUAGUUCUCAUCAUCGCUGCAAGCAAUGUGUGCCUAUUACUCCUGUGCAUAAUGUUGGUCAUCCUAAGUAAGAAAUGGAAGGAAAGAAUGCAAAAGCAAAUAAGAGAAAAGAACUUUCACCAGAAUCAUGGUUUAUUGCUGAAACAACUGAUCUCUACAAGCGAACAUGAUGCUGAGAGAACUAAAUUAUUUCCACUGGAAGAGAUAGAAAAAGCAACAAACAAUUUUCAUGAAACUCGCUUGGUUGGUCGCGGAGGGCAUGGAGAAGUUUACAAAGGAAUUUUAUCAGAUCAACGAGUUGCUGCCGUAAAGAAAUCCACAAAUCUGAAAAAAAGUGAGAUUGAUGAAUUCAUAAACGAGGUAGCGAUUCUUUCUCAAAUUAAUCAUAGGCACAUAGUGAAGCUUUUUGGAUGUUGCCUAGAGACUGAAAUCCCCUUACUGAUCUAUGAAUUUAUUUCAAAUGGCACCCUAUCACACCAUCUCCAUGUUCCCAAUGGACAAUCUAAAUUAUCGUGGGAUGAUCGCUUGAGGAUUGCUACAGAAAUUGCGUGCUCACUUGCUUACUUGCACUCGGAUGUUUCUAUGUCUAUUUUUCAUAGAGAUGUUAAAUCGUCAAAUAUUCUUCUAGACGAUAAUUUGGUUGCAAAAGUAUCUGAUUUUGGAGCUUCAAGAUUUAUUCCACUUGAUCAAAAUUAUGUACACACUGUUGUACAAGGCACCAUCGGAUACUUGGAUCCCGAGUAUUAUCAAACAAGUGAAUUGACAGAAAAGAGCGAUGUCUAUAGUUUUGGAGUCAUUCUCCUAGAACUUUUGACAGGAAAAGCUCCUGUUUACUCAAACGAACAUGGUGCUGAGGUGAACCUAUCAAAGCAGUUUCUGCAAGCAAUGAGAGAAAACCAUGCUCUUGAUGUUGUAGAGGAUCGUGUUUUGAAAGAAGGAAACAAAGAAGAGCUUUUGGAAAUAAUGCAGAUGAUAGAAAUAUGUUUGAGGUUGAAGGGAGCGGAGAGACCUACGAUGAAAGACGUUGAGUACAAAUUGCAAGGGCUGAGAAGGAUCAGAAUGACGAAAAAGAGGCUACCUUCUUUUGCAGAAGACAAUGAUGCAACUGAGACAAACCUGAGUGAUGCAUUUGAUCCUUCAACAGAAUUGGUGGACCAAAGAAAUCAAGGUACUUCUACUAGUUACAGCUCAGAGAAAGAGAUGAUGUACCAACGACCAUACUCGCCUCGAUGAGUUUGCUUUCUCAAAGCAUCAUGUCUCUACUGCUUGUUGUUUAAACCAGCUGGAAUGCUCUGUAAACUAUCAUUAUAGUUAAUCUGUUGUGCGAGGAUGCUUACCAUGACAUGUGAAUUUCUUCCAGAACAAUUUCUGUGUCUACGGAGAAAGUAGGAUGCAUCAUAAACUAAAGUUGGAGUGUGUAUGCUACAAUUUAUUAUGUCAAAGUUUGUGUUUGCUUAAUGUAAUAAUUGGUAUUAACUUCAUGAAUGCUACUUUAUAUAUAUAUACAUACCAGAUCUCUUUUUAUGACUA